CAAUAUAAAUUUCCGGGCCGCAUUCAACAUCUCUCAGGUGGUUGCACGGGGAAUGGCUGAACGUGGGAAUGGCGGAGCUAUUGUUAAUAUUUCCAGCAUUGCUGCUAUUCGUACCACCGCUUACCAUACGAGCUAUAGUACUUCCAAGGCGGCCCUUGAUAUGAUGACGUCAUCAAUGGCGCACGAGCUUGGCUGCAAAAAGAUUCGGGUUAACAGUGUUAAUCCUACAGUGGUGAUGACAGAACUUGGAAAGAAAGUAUGGGGCGAUCCUGUUAAGCAAGCGGCGAUUCUUUCACGAAUUCCUAUUGGACGUUGUGCAGAGGAAGAAGACAUCGUCAAUGCGACAGUUUUCUUGCUGAGUGAAAAAUCUUCAAUGAUCACCGGCGUUACCUUACCGGUAGAUGGAGGAAUGCUUAUAGACAUAAUGUGAAAUAUUCAUAAACAAACAAGUGUGAAUAAAAAGAAUAAUAUUA